AUGCUCUCAAGACAAGCUCGAGUUUCUGCCCGGCGCAUUGCUGCGAUUCCAUACGCCACCACACCGCGGGUGAGGUUUGGCACAUCUCCAGCUCUCACCUCUACCGUAUUCCGAAGAACGAUUGAUUCGAGCCCUCGAAUAAUCGGAUCUACCACCCUGCGUCGGAAUUAUGCCAAUGGCAGACCGCAACCGCCGGGUGGCGCAUAUCAAAUGAACCUUGGAGGAGGGGAACAAAAGUCGGCAUUGGAGGAAUACGGUGUUGACCUGACUGCAAGGGCGAAGGAGGGAAAACUAGACCCAGUAAUUGGUAGAGAUGCGGAGAUCCAUCGAACCAUACAGGUCCUCUCACGGCGAACGAAAAACAAUCCUGUGUUGAUUGGAAGCGCUGGUACUGGAAAGACUGCUAUUCUGGAAGGUCUUGCGUCACGGAUUGUCAAGGGAGAUGUACCGGAAAGCAUCAAGAAUAAGCGAGUAAUAUCGUUGGAUUUGGGUCAAUUAAUUGCCGGCGCAAAGUUCCGCGGAGACUUCGAAGAACGUCUCAAGAAAGUGCUGAAGGAAGUACAGGAUGCUCAGGGUUGUGUUAUACUCUUUGUGGACGAGCUACAUACUCUCCUCGGGCUCGGAAAGGGUGAGGGUAGCAUGGAUGCCAGCAAUCUCCUGAAGCCUGCACUCUCGAGGGGAGAAUUACAGUGCUGUGGUGCUACAACUUUAAACGAGUACAGAGCAAUUGAGAAAGACGUUGCUUUGGCUCGGCGAUUCCAACCUAUACAAGUUAAUGAACCAACCAUACAAGACACCAUCUCGAUACUAAGAGGUAUCAAGGAGAAAUACGAGGUACACCACGGUGUGAGAAUUACGGACGGUGCUCUUGUUGCUGCAGCUACAUAUUCCAAUCGCUACAUCACUGACCGAUUCCUACCUGAUAAAGCAAUCGAUUUGAUGGAUGAGGCAGCCAGUGCUUUAAGAUUACAACAAGAAAGCAAGCCUGAUGACAUUAUGCGAUUGGACCAAAGGAUUAUGACCAUUCAAAUUGAGCUUGAAAGUCUGCGCAAAGAGAAAGACAUUGCGAGCAAAGAGCGUCGAGAGAAGCUUGAAGCAGACCUCAAAGAGUGUCAAGACGAAGCUAAAAUGCUGACAGAAAAAUGGGAGAAGGAAAGGGCUCUAAUUGAUGGCGUCAAGAAAACCAAAGAAGAUUUGGAAAAAGCACGGAUCGAAUUGGAUCAAGCUCAGAGAGAAAACAAUUUUGGUCGAGCUGGAGAGUUGAGAUACUCAGUUAUUCCCUCGCUUGAGGCCAAACUUCCCAAAGAAGGCGAAAGUCAAAACACUCCUGAAGGCGGAUCUCUGAUACACGAUUCUGUCAAUGCAGACGAUAUUGCCGCAGUAGUAUCUCGAGUGACAGGAAUUCCAGUUACAAAACUUACAUCAGGACAUGCUGAAAAACUGAUCCAUAUGGAAGAUACUCUACGGGAAUCCGUUCGAGGACAAGACGAAGCACUUCGAGCUGUCUCCAAUGCAGUCAGAAUGCAGAGAGCAGGACUAAACGGAGAGAAUCGACCUCUGGCUUCCUUCUUUUUCCUAGGCCCAACAGGUGUCGGCAAAACCGAGCUAUGCAAAAAGAUGGCAAACUUCUUGUUCAGCACAGAAUCAGCCGUAGUACGUUUCGACAUGUCCGAAUUUCAAGAGAAACACACAAUAUCCCGCCUGAUAGGAAGCCCAGCCGGAUAUGUAGGAUAUGACGACGCAGGACAAUUAACCGAAGCUGUUCGAAGAAAACCCUACGCAGUCCUCCUUUUCGACGAAUUUGAAAAGGCACAUCGCGAUAUUUCAGCACUACUCCUCCAAGUCCUCGAUGAAGGCUUCCUAACCGACGCCCAAGGCCACAAAAUCGACUUCCGCAACACAUUAAUCGUCUUCACCUCCAACCUCGGAGCGGACAUCCUCGUCGGAAACAACCCAGAGCAUCCCUACUCCGAACAACCCGACGGCGAAAUCGCACCCACCGUCCGCCAAGCCGUUAUGGACGUCGUGCAACGAAACUACACGCCCGAAUUCCUCAACCGCAUCGACGAAUUCAUCGUCUUCAAACGCUUAUCCAUGGACGCUCUAAGAGAUAUCGUCGAUAUCCGUCUCAAAGAACUUCAGGCUCGUCUUGAUGAUCGACGGAUCGUACUCGAUGUCAAGGACGAUGUGAGGGAGUGGCUUGCAGCCAGGGGAUAUGACCCAAAGUUCGGAGCGAGACCACUAAAUCGGCUUAUUUCGAGGCAGAUUGGGAAUGGCCUUGCGGAUAAGAUUAUUCGCGGAGAGGUCAAGAGUGGUGAUAGAGCGCUGGUGAGGGUUAGUAAGGAUGCUGGGGCUUUGGAGAUUGGGACGGCGGAAUCGUUUGGAGCGUAG